AAAAAAUCCAAUAUUUCAAUUUUCACACUUUUUUUUAAUUAUCAUUUUCAGUAUCUCCAUAUUCUUUGGCUAUUGUUGUUUUUUUGUUUGGCUUCUAUGGUCUCCCUGGUUUAAAACCAAAAAAACCAUGGGAGGUACCAAAGAACCUUCUGCAAAUUCAUGUGGUGAAACACCAAUUGGCAUCAAACUAAUCAAGAAAGCCUCUCAAAGGAGGAGAUGGGAGCCUUUCCGGUUUCGCAAUCCACGGAGACAGCAACAUCGAAAUGCUUUCUCCGACACGACUGCAACUCGUGACAUUGCAUCAUUAAGCAAUGAAGUAGAGACAAUAAAUGUGCCAUCUUCAACAACUGUUAAUGAGGACUGUUCAACACCUACCAUAGAAUGUAUAGAACCAAAUCAAGAAUCUAUAGGAAGUUUAGGGUCUAUGGAACCUGAACCAAAUUCUUGUAAUAAGGCCAGCAUUUCAUCGGAUUCCGAGAAUCAGUACAGUUUUGCUCAAAUCGUUCAAUGGCGUGGUUUCCUUCAGUUACUAAAGAAAGGUCCCGGAAUUGCUUCUCAAACUUUACCUCAAUUCAAGCCUAGGUUCUCUAGGAAAAAAAGCAAAAGGCUUAGAGAUGAAAUGGUUCCAAAUCUAUGUUCAGCUCUUGAUGCUGAAAUGUCCUGUUCUAAAUCUUCAUGGAAGAACUUUUCUCUUUCAGAACUUGAAGAAGCAACCGAUAACUUCAGCCCUGAAAAUCUGAUAGGUGAAGGAGGGUAUGCAGAAGUUUAUAAAGGGAAAUUGAAAACUGGAAACCUCGUUGCGGUUAAGCGGCUAAACCGCGGUCCGUCGGAAGAGAUGACCAUCGAUUUUUUAUCUGAGCUCGGAAUUGUAGUUCAUGUUGAUCAUCCAAAUAUUGCUAAGUUGAUUGGUUAUGGAAUUGAAGGAGGACUGCACCUUGUUCUUCAAUUGUCUCCCCAUGGAAGUCUUGCUUCAUUACUUAAUGGCUCAAAGGAGAAAUUGAAUUGGCAAAUCAGAUUCAAGAUUGCUUUAGGGGCUGCUGAAGGCCUCUGCUACCUUCAUGAAGGUUGCCAGAGGAGAAUUAUCCAUAAAGAUAUCAAGGCUUCAAAUAUUUUGCUUACAGAAGAGUUUGAUGCUCAGAUAUGUGAUUUUGGACUAGCAAAAUGGUUACCUGAUCAAUGGACUCAUCAUACAGUCUCUAAAGUCGAAGGAACAUUUGGUUAUCUUCCACCUGAGUUCUUCACGCAUGGUAUAGUUGAUGAAAAGACAGAUGUCUAUGCUUUCGGUGUGUUGCUAUUGGAGCUUAUCACUGGGAGGCAAGCCAUAGAUAAUUCACAUCAAAGCAUUGUUACGUGGGCAAAACCUUUGAUCAGAGAAAACAAGAUGGAUGAACUUGUUGAUCCGAUUUUGGUCGAUGCUUAUGACUCAGACGAGUUGCACCGUAUUGCUGCAACAGCUUCUAUUUGUGUACAUCAAACUGCAGCAAAUCGACCCCAAAUGAGCCAGGUUGUGGACAUCUUGAAGGGUGAUCUUAGCAGCUUGGAGAUGCUGAAACAAAGAGAGAAGGACCAAAGGACUUACUCAGAGGAGAUCUUUGAUGCAGAAGAAUACAAUCCAACAAAGUAUUUGGAUGAUCUUUAUCAUCAAAUGGAGAUUCUUUUAGAGCACUCUAAUGAUGUUUAAAAAAAACUUUGUUAGGGGCCUCAUUGAAAAUGUAUCCUUAGUCUUCUUUUUGUAGGUGACUUUGAUUUUUUUAUUCUUACUCUGAUUUUGUAAAUUAUGUAAAUUGUGGAUUUUUUUUUGGAUAGUUGUUUUCUUUUAUCUAAGAAGCAACAAAAUUUCACUGUCAACUUAGAAAA